AUGGUAGAAACGUACGAGGAAAAGGGAAAGGUUUAUUCUUUUCAGAACAAGGUCACUGAAAUUCAGGACCAUGCCAGGGCAAUCUACCCGGGGAGGUUUUGGGGCGGAGGACCGGGAGGACUGCGCCCAGGAGGGUGGCCGGCCACAGGAGGAGGGCUUGGGUUCGAGCUGCUGCAGCUGGGUGGCCGGCGCCGCGGCGACCCCUCCCCCGCUCUCCCUGGCCGCCGCCCCCUCCUCCUCCCGCCGUCCUCCUCCUCCUCUUCCUCCUCCCUGUCCCCCAUCCUCCUCCCGGCCCCCGGCAGCUGCGGCUCAGGGAGCAGCCGGCGGCGGCGCCGCGGCCGCGCAGCCUUUGUCUCGGGCCGCCGGGCGCGCGGGGCCCAGCGCAGGCAGGCCAUGCGGGGACGGAGGAGGCAGAGGACGGGCAGUGAUGGAGAAACAGGAGAGGAGCCGGCCAAGCGCCACCGUCACCACCAUCACCAACCACCACUACCAUCACCAUCACUGACUGUCGCCCAUCCCAGCUCCCCUGCCUCACCUCCCAUCUCAUAUCCCUGUGCAGUGCCAACUUUAUCAGAUCAUCUCCUUUUCACUGGGCCCCAGGGACGGCUGACCAGUCAGAACAAACACAGCGACAGAGCCCCGGCACUGUUGGGAAGCCCAGCACCAGAGGGCAUGAACCUUCUUAGGAGAAGUAAAACUUACAAAAAACAAGUUCUUAAACCCUCCGCCUUUUCCCCUAUUGGUUAGAAAGUGAAUCUUGAACUUCUGUGUUUUAUGUUCUAGUCUAAUA